GUCAAAGAUAGCUGUCACCCUGUUUAAUGAUCAAACACACAUUGAGCAAGAAGCGAAGCCGAGGGUAACUGGAGAUUUCAGGUACUUCGACAAUGUGUUUUGUUUGCAACAAAUGAGCACGCCGGAGAGACAUUUAAGACCUCAAGAAACCAGCGCAAAAACGAUUUCGCUCUCUGGAUUUUCGGUGUGGUUUAACUGGAAAAGACGAACUGCGACUUUGGAAUAUAAAACUCUCGUAUCUGCAUUUCUGUUGUAACGUGAAAGGAAAUUGUGGACCAGGAUGAAAGCAAAAAAAGCCAUGCCAUCGCUGUCCGGCAGCGAGACGGAGGACGAGGACAGCAUGGACGCUCCGCUGGACUUGUCCUCCAGCACGGGGAGCGGGAAGAGGAAGAGACGGGGGAAUCUUCCCAAAGAGUCGGUGCAGAUCCUGAGGGAGUGGCUGUAUGAGCACCGCUACAAUGCCUAUCCGUCAGAACAAGAGAAAGCACUUCUCUCCAAGCAGACACGCCUCUCAACACUACAAGUCUGUAACUGGUUCAUCAAUGCCCGCCGGAGACUGCUCCCAGAAAUGCUGAGGAAAGACGGGAAGGACCCGAACCAGUUCACCAUUUCGCGGAAGGGGAGUAAGGUUUGUGAGGCCGGUGCGACGGAGAGCUCUCUGUCCCCCAAGUCUCUCGUUUCAGAAGGCGUGGACAAGAGGUCCUUCCACCCUUCGAGCAUGGAUCCUGUCCUGGCCAAGAAAAGCCCGUCCCCGAAGGGCCCCUCUCCGGGGCCCGCACUCCCCCGGCCGUCAGUAAUAUGCCACACUACGAUCACCGCGGUGCAGGGCGGCCCUGUGCAUUACUACCAGGCCAUCAGCACGGACAGACCCACAGACCUGCAUUCCUCGGCGGCUCCCGGCCUGCACAAGUGCCAUGGCGCGGGAGCGCUGGAGGGGAACUCCAGCCCUCAGGGCGGGCUUUUCAACACUCCUCCCCCCACCCCCCCGGACCUGACGCAGGACUUCAGUGGCUUUCAGCUGCUGGUGGAUGUUGCACUGAAACGGGCAGCGGAGAUGGAACUGCAGGCCAAACAGCUCGUGUCUUAAGCGUCAACUGGAUGGUCCGAACUGAACUACGUCGCUGACGGGCCACCUUGGAGACCACGCCUGCUCGUUUCCAUUUCGGUGGACUCAUCCAGUCACAUGGAGGACCUGGUGGACAGUGUUGUGACGCCUUGUUUACUUUUGUUAUUUUCUUACGUAAACAGAGGACCAAAAAACAAGGCAGACUGCAGCUUUCUUACAAUCCCUUAUUCUGAGACGGGAGUCUCCUGAACAUAAAUGGUUUGUUAUUAUAAAAUCAAGUCUCAGUGGGACUCUUCGUUUCCAGUUGUGUUUUUUUUUUUUGCAAACAAGUUUGCAAUACUUCUGCCUUGUUCAUUUGCACAUUAGGGCCAAAAAGGUCAUUUCCCUGUCUUAAUUUGUACCUUUUUUUGAUAUAAAAGAUGAGCUUAGUCACUACUGUAGUUUAAGAGGUUCUUUGUUUCGUGUUAUAAAUAAGUAUAGUUUUUUUACUUUUGAAAGAGAGGUCAUUUUUUGUUCAGUUAUUUGUUAGCUUUUCUCACUGAUAGGGGGCAUUUAAACUUUACUUUUGUAGCAGUUCCACAUUUAUCUGAGCCAUGAUACUGAGUAGAAAUGGCCAGUAACUUUGCUAAGGGAACAUAUGCGCUAGAAGGUGCCUUGUGUCACGUUAGUGGGACCUGUAUCAUAUGCGUGAACUGGAAAUACAACACUACGCUAGUUAGAAUUCAAGACUUUUUUAUAUCACCGCUAAAAACUGUUAGAUGAAAAUUAAAUAACGCUGUGCAUCAAUAAUGUGAGAAGACACCCUAUUAUGUGAUUUCUUACUUUCGUACUGUGCAAUGUUUGUGGCAAAUUUUGGUCACUUUGUUUCAAUAAAGAUUGUUUUGUACAAAUA